AUGGUGAAUAUGCUUAACAAGAUUGGUCUCACAAUUCAUUGGGACACAUUGAUGAACUUUCUUGACAAGCAGCUAGACAAGAAGACUGCACAUAUAACUUCACUGACACCAAAAGAACUUUCUUUGCUGCUUCUAAUGGACAAUAUCAACAUAUACCGAGGUAACAAACAACAUCACAGAUUGUUUAAAGCCUAUGGUGAAAACAUGUGGAAUUUAACUGUAAGAGGUCUACUAAUACCCCGUCUAGAUAAUUUAGAAGAUUUGUUUGCGUGCAAGGAGACAGCCACGCAGAGUGAAUGUGAUGUGACUGAAUUCACAUUCAAAGUAUUUCCAUUGACAAUAAUGGAGAACACUUUGAACUUUGGAACAGCCAUAAAGACAACUAUUUAA